UCCAGCCAGCCAAAUUCUAGAUAUGUGUACUGACUUUCUUUCGAAUCCGAUAUGUGUAUAUGAUAUUUUGAUGGUGCGGAGUGAAGGUACAAUUGUGGGGAUAAUCAUUCUAAAGCCUGCAACAACUGUCGACCAUAUGCGGAGAAACUAUAGCUUAGAUGCUUAUGAAAAUUUCGAUAUAGCCUCCUCACCAGCUAGUUAUGGCCAGAUAAUUUAUUCUUACAUAAGCCCUUUAUUUGUAUCGUGUGCAACGUUCAUUUUUAAAGAAAUAUUCCGUAUUACAAGCUACACAUCCGUCCAUUACAGUAUCAGGAGUGAAAGCAAAUAUGUAGAUUUCUACAAUUCCCUUCUGCCAACGAUGUUCCCAAUAAAACCUCGACGAAUCCUUGUCUUACCAGAUAUCGAGACAUUUGAUGACAUUGAACCAGACCCGAAAGCGUUUGCUGAAACAGGAACGUCAGCAAUUUAUUAUACAAACCUUAGACUAUGCGCAUUCAAGAGGAAGCAGAUCGAUGCAAGGCUGGUUGUUAUCGGAUUUGGGUUGACCAGUAAAGCGUUUUUAGAAACAUUGAUCUACAGAUCAGAGUCGCAACAUCUUCGCUUCACAAACCUAACAUGCAUCUGCCCGGCAGGAAUCUUAGAGGCAAAUAUGACUUAUGUUUCAAAUUACGCAAAACUUUCUUCUCCGGAUCGACUCUUUCCAUCCGAUUAUUUGAGGCAAUUAGAAAUGAGGGCAUGGGUCAAUUUUGUUCCUGGCUAUAUGUCAAGAAUAGAUAGAAAGAACAAAUACGUUAUUCUAGAUAGCAAAGAACGUGUGCCAUAUGAUAAGCUAUUCUUGUUCUGUGGGGUUCAAUUCGAUGUUCCAGUUGAAGUGUACAGUGAGAAGACUCCAUAUAAUCUAGUUUUAAUAAAUAAAUCAUUACAUGGCAAAAUGGUAAACUACCGAAUCAGAAGCCUCAUCAAAAAUUCUGGAUACAAGAUCAUCGUUUAUGGAUGCUUACCGAAAACAUUUGCUGGAGUUAACUAUCUUUUAAAUGCAGGAGUAAAAGGCAAAGACAUUUACCUGAUUGUUCAACCGCUAGAAACACACGAAGGACACAAUAUACAAACGUUCGACGAUGAUUUUGUUGAAUCCGUUGUGUACCGCGAACUUAGCAAGGCUAAUGUUAACGUUUACAGAAACUUCAAGUUUGUUAUGUGGAAAAUUGAUAAGGAAGCAAAUGUGAUAAAGGACAUAACAUUUGAAUCACGAUUUGAAUGUAUCAAAUUGCCCUGUGCCCUAUUUAUUUCGUACAAUCGUAAGGUUGUGAACAGGAUCACAGUUAGAGCUCUCAACCGAUCUGGUUUGGUAUUCGAUGGAAGAAUCGUGAUCGAUGCCAACAACAGAACUAAUGAUCCCAAUAUCUACGCAGCAGGUCCGCUGACGAAAUAUAGGAGAAUAUUAUACGCAGAUCGCUAUCGCCACAUUUACUAUAAUUCCAAAGAAAUAGGAAUGCAGCUUGCUCUCAGACUUGUUGAGAACUAUUCAAGAAGGGGUGCCGAGGCUAACCAACAAGAACCACCCUUCAAAUGGAUUGUGCCGCAUUAUUCUUUUCCGAUCGUUGAGUCCAUAAUACUUCCUGGGAACUAUUACUACAUGCAUAUUCGACGGCCAGGCUUCCAACUGCCCAAUUUCCUAGAAAGAUCUCUAGAUCAGUAUGGAAUGGAUCUUAUUACUGGUGGAUCUGCGAUCCUGGAUGAUAGACUCGCUUCAAAAUGGAAUAUUGUCGAGGAGCAACUUUCGGCGGAACGAGACUAUUGCCGGAUUUAUAUCGAUAAACAUGGAUUUGUGAAAACCAUAGUUUGCUUAUCUAGGAAGCCUUUCAAGGUACAAAAUAUGAUUCGCAUGUACGGGAUGCAUGAGAAACUUUUGAACAACAUGAAGUGCAAAUACCUCAAUGGAGAAAUCACGGACUUCUUUGAAUUCUUCAGUGGCCGUUGGAGUCAUAUCCUACAUCAUGACCGUUUUGGGAAGCUUCAGGAGAUAAAUGAGCGCAUAUACCGAUAUAAUUUAGAUGGGAACACGAAUUGGUUGACGGAGUACUUACAACUAGAAACAAUGGGCCACAAACGUGAGCUUUCUAGCAAAACGCGUGAGGCCCUUAUAAAUUAUUAUCAAAGUGAUGAAUUCGCUGUGCGUAUCCAACGAAAUCUAUUAAAUUUUAUAAAUGAAUACAAGGAAACUCUAUUUAUGUAUGCGACUCCGGAAAUACUUGCAAAAGAAUAUGGCAAUUUGCAAAAUUGAUAUAUUUUUUCAGUUUAUUUUCUGUUGGUGUUGAAGAUGUGGUUUGAGUUUGUUAAGAACAUAUACAAUAAAUUUGUUCAAAUCAUGUUUGUAACUUA